CCGCAGCUGCAGCCCCGUCCGCCGGCCCCGAGCAUCCGCCCCCUUCGCCCUUGCCGAGGAGCGCCUCCCUCCGCGCCCAGCGGACCCGCCCGGAGCAGCGCAGGCAGACAAAAGCCGCCGUCCCCGGGAGCGGCCGGAUGCCCGCGGAGUCCGGGCCGGGCUCGGGCGCCCCGGUGCCAGGGCGCUGCGGCGGGCCCUGAGCGCCCCGCCCCGCCCCCGAGCCUCCCCUCUCUGCCGCGGUUCCCGGAGAUGCCCGUGCGCCCCCCCGGGGCGAGGACCUGAGCGCUGACCCCCGGUCUCUCCCGGCGGGCGGGAGCCUGAGCGGGACCGCGAGGAGGAGGAGCGGGAGGGGGCCGCCCGGCCGCCCGCAGCUGGCCCGCCACGGGCUCGCCCCUCGGAGAGGGCACCCCCCCGCGCCUGCCCCCGGCCCCCGGCCCCCGGCGCCGUCCGAGGGCGCGCUGGCCGCCGCCGCCGCUGCGGACCUGGCCGGCGUCAUGGGAAACAUCUCGUCCAACAUCUCCGCCUUCCAGUCCCUGCACAUCGUGAUGCUGGGGCUCGACUCGGCGGGCAAGACCACGGUGCUCUACCGCCUCAAGUUCAACGAGUUCGUCAACACGGUGCCCACGAUCGGCUUCAACACGGAGAAGAUCAAGCUGAGCAACGGCACGGCCAAGGGCAUCAGCUGCCACUUCUGGGACGUGGGCGGCCAGGAGAAGCUGCGGCCGCUCUGGAAGUCGUACAGCCGCUGCACGGACGGCAUCAUCUACGUGGUGGACUCGGUGGACGUGGACCGGCUGGAGGAGGCCAAGACCGAGCUGCACAAGGUGACCAAGUUCGCCGAGAACCAGGGCACCCCGCUGCUCGUCAUCGCCAACAAGCAGGACCUGCCCAAGUCGCUGCCCGUGGCCGAGAUCGAGAAGCAGCUGGCCCUGCCCGAGCUCGUGCCGGCCACCACCUACCACGUCCAGCCCGCCUGCGCCAUCAUCGGCGAGGGCCUCACCGAGGGCAUGGACAAGCUCUACGAGAUGAUCCUCAAGCGCAGGAAGUCCCUCAAGCAGAAGAAGAAGCGGUAAAGGCGCGGCCCCCGAAGGACCCCGGGCCGCGGCCGCCCUGCCUUCUCCCCCUCCGGCCCGGCGCCCCCCCCCGCGCCCCUCCCCCGGCCCCCCCCCCCCCCCCCGCCGCGGACCCCAGAACCGUGAACCAAAGCGACGCGUCGAGCUUUCCAAGAGACCCGAACUCUGGCCGGCCCCAGGGAGCCCCGACUGGGACUCGGCGGCCGGGACAGGCCGGGCCGGGGGAGAGAGAGACCGGCCGUGGGAACGCCCA